ACUGACAAGUUGUCUUUAAAGUAAAAGCUUAAGAGUUUAUCUUAAGUUAGGAAAAACAACCUACAAACUAAGUAGGAUGACCUCAAAGGUCAUCAAUGUUACGGCCUCCCAGCAGACGGCCUUAAAGGGUAUUGUACGUAAUAGCAGUUAUGUUAUUCCCGGUCUAUACGAUCUCAGUACCGAGGAUACAAAUUGGGUGUUGACAUCUUCUUUCAUUAUAUUUACCAUGCAAACAGGUUUCGGUAUGCUCGAAUCCGGUUGUGUAUCCAUUAAAAAUGAGGUCAAUAUAAUGAUGAAAAACGUUAUCGAUAUAGUAUUGGGCGGCUUUACAUAUUGGCUUUUUGGCUAUGGCAUGAGCUACGGACGAGGUCCUCUCUCCAAUCCAUUUAUAGCUAUUGGUGACUUUCUACUCGAUCCACCGGUGGAUGAUCCUUUAAUGGGUCAAAUAUUUGCAGCAUUUCUAUUUCAAUUAUCAUUUGCCACCACCGCCACAACUAUAGUAAGUGGAGCAAUGGCGGAACGCUGCAAUUUUAAAGCGUAUUGUUUGUUUUCAUUGUUAAAUACCAUCAUCUAUUGUAUACCCAGUGGUUGGGUGUGGGGCGAACAUGGUUUUCUUAACAAUUUGGGUGCUGUUGAUAUAGCGGGCAGUGGUCCUGUGCAUUUAAUUGGUGGUACUGCUGCGUUUGCUUCCGCUGCCAUGCUGGGACCCCGUUUGGGUCGCUAUGCCGAUGGUUAUGAUCCCCUGCCAUUGGGUAAUCCGGUGAAUGCUUGUAUGGGUUUGUUUGUUUUAUGGUGGGGUUGGUUGGCUUUUAAUUCAGGCAGUACUUAUGGUGUUAGCGGCUCAAAAUGGCAAUAUGCAGCUAGAGCUGCCGUCAUGACCAUGAUGGGUUCUUUUGGUGGUGGCAUUAUUAGUUGCGUUUACUCCCUUUGGCGCCAUGAUGGUCGUUUGGAUAUAAUAGAUUUAAUAAAUGGUAUUUUGGGUUCUUUGGUGUCUAUAACAGCCGGCUGUUUUUUGUAUAGAGCCUGGGAAGCUUUGCUAAUUGGUUUAUUGGGUGCUUUACUGUGUGUCUUAACGAUGCCUUUAUUUGAUCGCUUAGGUGUAGAUGAUCCUGUGGGUGCCAGUUCAGUUCACGGUGUAUGCGGCAUUUGGGGAGUUAUUGCAGUGGGUUUAUUUGCUGACAAUCCCAUACCUUUAGAAACUACUAAAGGUCGUUCGGGCCUGUUCAAAGGUGGCGGCUGGUAUUUAUUGGGUAUUCAAUCUCUUUCCGCUCUAUGUCUCACCUGCUGGGGUAUUUGUUCAACUUUUCUACUCCUAUAUAUAGUCAACAAAAUCGUACCCAUUCGCAUGGAUCCUAAUGAAGAACUGUUGGGUGCCGAUUUAAUGGAACAUCGCAUACGUCAUUCUCAGAUAGGCCUAUCACGAGCUAUUUCCGCUUUGGCACCCAUUAAAAUUGAUCUCAAUGGAGUGGCCGGUGUCCAACCGAUAGGUUUAAAUCCUGGUCAUGAAAAAUCUUUAGCCCAACUCCGGGCGGCCGAUGAUAAAUUACAACAAUGGCAAAGUUAUCUACACCAGAUGGGUCCUCAUAUACCUAAACCUUUUCACAAUGCUGGAGACGAGGAUCAUCUGUUUAAGCCCAACAUUAAAUCGCCCCUGAAAAGGAAAGGCAGCCUGAACAAUGUUUUUAGCAGAAAAUUGAAAACAGUUCACAUUAAUAGUCAGGCGGCAACGGAUGUGGGUCCUGGUUUUUACAAACCCAAUAAUAAUGAGUUGUCCGUAAUAUCGAAUAAAAAAUACGAUGAUGAUCAGAAUAAGGAUACAAAUUUUGCAUGGUUGGAUUAAGAAACGAACGUAAGACUUAAUGAUUUGAAAUUGUUUAAUUUUUAAGCACUUAAAUGAAUAAUUAAUAAAUACACUUCGACUUGUAUAAAGAAUUCGUUUACUUUUCAAAGCGGGAAAUAAAAUCCAGUGUUGUCAUUGUAUGUAUGUAUUUUCAGAAAAGUUGACGUUUUUACUUUUAGAAAUAAGUGUUUAUGAAGAUUUCUUUGGAUGAAUUGUAUCCAUAAUAGAAAAGUUUA